CGAAAGUCUACUGGACGGCAUCAAGUCUAUUUAGCGGGUGUGCACCCGAGCAAACCCACGUGGGUUUGGAGGUCAUUUAUUAUCUAACAAAAAAUAAGCCCCACCUACCGAACCACGCCGCGAGAUGAAAUUAAAUAACAAUCGUAAGAAAUGAUUGACAGCAUCAUCAAGUAAGAACCAAGUGUUUAUAUUUGAAGUCGAAAGAGCAAGUCGCUCAAUUCCGUACAGAACUUCGAAUCACAAUGUCGGUGAUUUUGUUGAUUGCUGAAAUAAUUUUUAUCGGAGGAUUGAUUGUCGGACUGUACCAGAAGAACACGAAUUUAAUAUGCAAAUCCAAAAAACGACUUGAUGGCAAGACUGUCAUCGUUACAGGUGGUACCAGUGGAAUGGGACUAGAAAUCGCAAUAGAUUUUGCACACAGAGGAGCUAAGGUCAUCGUAGCAUGUCCAUUUGAAGAUGAGGGCUACAACGGAAAAAAGAAGAUCAUCGAAAGUUCUGGCAAUGAAAAUGUUAUUUUCAAAUUUUUGGACUUAUCAUCUUUGGAAUCUGUCAGAAAGUUUGCUGCAGAUAUUUUACAAACAGAGGACAGAUUGGAUAUUCUAGUGAACAACGCGGGCCUCGGUACCGGAGGCAGGCGCACCACCGCGGAUGGAAUGAACUUUAUCAUGCAAGUAAAUUAUUUCGGGUCUUUUUUAUUGACACUUUUACUCCUACCGCUUCUGAAAAAAACUGGCGAAUCUCAAGAACCGAGUAGGAUUGUAAAUACGGCAUCUGUUUUGCACAGCUUAGGAAGAAUAAACUUCAAGAAUUGGAAUGAACCGAAAAUGAAUAUUUUUUCUUAUUCGAAUAGUAAAAUGUGUGUUGUUUUGUUUACACGUGAACUAGCAAAGCGAUUAAAAAAGUCUAAUGUUGUUGUGAGUGCCGUAGACCCUGGUGCUGUUGGUACAAAAAUCUUCUUAACAGCUGUUGGGAGAGGAUUCGGAUCUUUUGUAUCGUUCAUAUUCUUAGUACUAUUCAAGCAACCUUGGGAAGGUGCGCAAACAGCGAUAUAUGCUGCAGUAAGCAAUAGUGCUGGUAAAGUCAGUGGUGAAUUUUUCAGAAAUUGUAAAAUCGCAAGACCCGCAUCAAGAUGUUACGAUGACAAACUCGCUAUGAAAGUGUGGGAGGAAUCAAUUAGGCUGGUGAAAUUGAAGGACGAGGAAUGCAUUUAGUGAUAAAACGAUUGUUAAGUGAAUUAUGUUAUACCUAAUAUUCGUAAUAGGAUGUUAAAGUAUUAUCCAUAUAGUUACUUCAUGUGUACGAAACUAGGAAUUUCUUGUGUGCGGAACUGCGGAGUGAAUUCCCCGGUACGGCCAGUUAAACGUAGUUGUAUCAAGGGUCGAUAGCGGAUAUCAGUCAUUUUCAUUAAUGUAUGCAGGUUUAACUUUGAAUUAUUGGGUUUUCAGGUGGAUAUACUUAAUUGUUACCUUAUUCAUGUAAAUGCUUAAGCAUUGAUUAAGCAUCGUUUAUUAACAAGACAUAAUUUCAGUAUUUUUAAAUGUGACCAAUAUUGUAGAGAUGAAAUGUCCUUUUUUAUACCAUAGGUACAUUCGUUUUUAUUUUAUGGUUGUCCUUGUACCAUUAUUUCAUAUCAAUUUAUCGGCUACCGAACACAAAAAUCUAAAUACUUACAUUAUAUAUUAAAGAUGUUCGUUAAAGCAACAUAAUGUGAAAAUGUAAAUUAAAUAUUGUUAUUUAACUAAAUAAAAUAUUGUUACUUUACAAUAACAUAAAAAAUCAAGGUAAAUGAAUUUAAAUUUAUACGAAUUAUAGACUUAGAACAAGGACUGAAAGCCAAAGGACUAUUCUUAAAACAAUAUCUUAAAAUGUUUUGUAAAAAAAAUUUAAGCGUACAGAUUAGGUAUUUAUUUUUAUAUUUACUAUUAAGAUUUGAGGAAUAGUAAAUAUUGAUAUUUUAAAAAUGAAUAGAUACCUAUUCAGAAUAUACUUCAGAUAUAUAUCCGAUAUAUCUGAUGUAUGAUCUGCAUCUUCGACAAAUACAAUAUUACAAUAGCUAGACAUAAAGCUUUUGUAACAUAAAUAAUUAAUGUUUCCGUUGUAUUUAUUGGUUUUGAUAUAAGUAUUUAUAUAAAUCUUAAUAAGUGGUAUCAUGAUUUCAAUGGUUUAGUUAAUAUUUAUUCAAAAUAAAGAUUUGAAACAUCA